AUCAAUUUUAAAAGAUGGGGAAAUUUGUAAAAAUCCUCUUACUGAGUGUAUGUGUUGGUUUCCUCGCAGUCAAGUGGACUGAACCCACCUUUGAUGCAGAAUCUCUCAAAGGUGCCAGGGUAUUGGUGACUGGAGCCAGCACAGGCAUUGGUGAACAGCUGGCAUAUCAUUACGCUCGCUUUGGAGCCCAAAUAGUCAUCACAGCAAGGCGGGAAAAGGUGUUACAGCAGGUGGCAGAGAAGUGCAAGAAUUUGGGAGCCCAGCAAGCGCUUUACAUAGCAGCAGACAUGGGCAACGACUCAGACCCUGACAAAGUGGUAGAUUUUGCUUUGGAAAGGUUUGGUGGAUUGGAUUACCUGGUGCUCAACCACAUUGGCCCAGUCCCCUUUGGCAUGUGGGAGGGAGACGUAGAGCACGUCAGGUGGCUGAUGAAGGUCAAUUUCUUCAGCUAUGUACAGAUGGCAUGGCGAGCAUUGGACUCUCUUGAGCAAAGUCGAGGAUCGCUGAUCAUUGUUUCAUCACUUUUAGGUAAACUAUCAAGUCCCUUUAUGGCACCAUAUUCCUCAACAAAAUCAGCCUUGAAUGGUUUCUUUGGAUCCCUUUUUCAUGAACUAUCGAUUAAGAAAAGCAACGUGUCCGUCACUAUAUGCACACUUGGGGUCAUCGAUACGGAGACAGCUAUGGCCAAAAUUGGGGAUCUCACUAUUAUCCCAGCAUACCCGGCGUCAGAUGCAGCCUUGAGCAUCAUCACUGGAGGAGCAAAGAGGACGGCAGAGAUCUAUUACCCAUGGCUCACCUACAUUGCGACCAUAAGCAAAGACUGGUUCCCUUCUGUCACAAACUUUUUUAUCCAGCAUGCCAUAAAGUAUGAUCCAUGAAAUAUAUCGGUGGUUAUCAUCCAUGCCCUGAAGAUGGCAAAGUAGGUAAAUGAGUAAAGUUUGAGGGGGGGGGGACUAGUAGAGUGCAGACAAACAAGUAGACAUGUAGACAAAAAUCCAUAUUUUCUGGAGAACAAAAUGUCAUACAUGUGUGAAUGUAACUGAAGAAAAUGUGUUUGUUAUUACUCAUAAUAGCCCAAAUACAGUAUCACAUGUUCUCAAAUAAGCAACAUGCUCAAUGUAAACAACAGUCUUAUGUAUCAUAUUUCAGUAUGAAAAGUGAUUUUCUGAUAUAAAAUGUACUCAAGUUUUACAAGUAAA